AUGGCCUCCAUACGGACUUUUCGUCUGCCACACUACCACGCCUACCCUGUUCACGUCGCCCUGUUCGAAGACGUUGAAAAUGCAGACUUUCUCAAAAGCCAAUUGCUGGCAGCAAAUCCAGACUUUGAUUAUGCCUUUUUGGAUGCAGCCAUGUCACCAAACCAAGGACAUCUACCUCUCGACUGGGUUGUCCUUGAUUGGGAAACGGCCUCGUUGCAACCGUCGUACGAUGCAGGAACCCCAACAAAUGCCUUCAUGCUCCACGUCACCCUAGCUUCAUCAUACCACCCAACGAUCAUCAUCGCUUCACCUGGUUCUCUCUGGCUUAGCGGUGCUAUUACAUCCCCCCAGUCGAUCAAUCGCACCGACUACGCUAUCUUCAGCCCUAUCCUGCCCUACCCUUCCAUAACACCCAUACCUUCACUCACACCGUCACACAUGCCCUCCACCAAUCACCAGCCUCCCACCCCUUUUCCCCGAUCCAAAUUAUCCAUCCAUUCAUCUCGUCUUAUCUCAUCUACCACCAUCCUCUCCCCCUCCCACCUCCUCACCUCCGCCUUCCUCACCCUCCACGCCUUCGCAACCACCUCCCCCACCCGGUCCCCAAAAACACGCACCCCCCAUUCCGAACUCGUCUUCCGCCUCAGCCCAAACAACAACAUCGGCCAAAGCUACUCCCUCUUCGGUAUCGGACCCCACACCACCCGCCUCAUCGCCGUGAAACUGGGCGUCCGCAUCGACGACGCCCUUGCUGGCACCGCGCAAACUGUGUCCCAAGCAGAGGAAAAGGUGAGCCCGCGGCCGGGUAGGCUUGUACUCGAUGACGCACUUUCGGCGCAGAGCGUGGGCGCGCAUUUGGCGAGUGUGGUAAGGGGCCGUAGUGUGCCGAUUGGUGAGAUGGGUGUGGAAUUGGGGGCUGGUGCGGAUGUGGGCAGGAUUCGCAAGGUGUACAAGUUGGGGGAGGGGGGAGGGGGGAGGAAAGGGGGGAGUAAGGGUGCAGCAGGGGAGGUGGAGGAGGAGGAGGAGGAGAGAAAGGCGUUGGAGAGUGUGAUUUUGGGCAUUAUGAGUUUGAAGGGGUCGUGA